UUCAGUCGCUCCUCCAUCGCCAUCGCCAUCGCCAUCGCCAUCGCCGUUCCUCUGCAAGAAUCGGGAAAUGGAUCGAGGGCAGAUUCUGCUGCUAGGGCUGCCGCUGUUCCUGCUGUGCACCGACCUCGUCAACCUGUUCACGCCUCCGCCUCCGAAGCCUCCUCCGCCCCCUCACCUCCGCCCCCAGCCGCCGCAGCACCACCGCCACCUCCACAACCCUCCCGAAGUCCUAGAGUUCCCUUCUGAGGUGCAGAAGCCGAGCGCUGUUGGCGGAAUCGGUCUGGGGAGCACGGUCGUCAUCAAUUUUUGUUCGUCUUGCUCGUAUAGGGGUACUGCAGUAACAAUGAAGAAGAUGCUUGAGACGCAGUUUCCUGGUAUUGAUGUUGUUCUUGCAAACUACCCUCCAGCAUUGCCAAAGCGCAUUUUGGGUAAAUUGGUGCCGGUCGCUCAGAUAGGAGUAUUUGCUAUCAUCAUGGCCGGAGAGCAUAUAUUUCCGAUGGUUGGGAUUGCAGUGCCUCCACCCUGGUAUUAUUCUCUUCGUGCAAACAGGUUUGGGACGAUUGCUUCAACUUGGCUUCUCGGCAAUGUGUUCCAGUCCUUCCUGCAAAGCUCUGGUGCUUUUGAAGUUUACUGCAAUGAUGAGCCGGUUUUCUCAAAAUUGAAGGAGGGAAGGUUUCCUGGUGAGAUCGAAUUGAAAGACCUGAUUGGCAGAAGAUUGGCAAAUUCUAGAGUUACAGAUGGCCUUGGGGCUAUGUGGUCCUAGUUCUUUAAGCUGAUUUGCGGUUCUGGUCAAAUCUUAAAGAACCAGUUGGUACUCCCGUUUAUCAUCAGGUUUCAUUUUGUGUACAACUAUACGCAUGUUUAGCGACUGAAGUUAUCUUCCUCUGAAAGUUACUGUAACUUGUUCGAUGUUUCUAAUCUUAGAACCCUUCACUUAGUGUCAUAUAUAUCACAGUGGAUUGUGACUUCCUUUUUUCUGGACUAA